AGAGAACGAAACAAAAAGUAAUCCAAAACUGGCGUGUGAGAAAAAUUGAGCCCAGCGCCAUCAUUAAUCUCCCCUUCUUCCUUCUUCCCCAACGUUCCUAUUUUUCAAAAACCGUUGGAGCCAAAGAACACAGCAACAGCAACAUAUCAGAUCCCCUCUUUCAUUCUCCAUCUCUGACAUUCUUCUUCACACGAACCAAACAACCCAAACACCAUGAACUCCUCCACCUAAUCCUUCCACUCGACCAUCUCCCACCUCCGAAGAUGGGUUGCAUGCUGGGCUGCUUCGGGCUCUCUUCCAAGCGCAAGCGCAGAAAACCCCCCAGCCGAAUCCUACCCAGAGACCAACAGGGAUUCGGCAGUUACGAGCAGCUGGAUAAUUCUGCGUCUGCUGAUAUCGAGUUCAAUGAGGAGACGGUGAAGAAGCAGGCGAUGGAGCCAGUGAAGGGAAAGAUCAGGAAGAAAGUGAGCUUCAAUUUGAAUGUCAUGGCGUACGAGCCGAUUUCAUCCCAAGACGAUGAAGCUGAAGAUGGGAAAACAGAGGAAAUUGGCAACAGAAGAGGGACAACGCUUGAAGAACUACCUCCUUCUCCUGCAGAAGAAGAUCCAACCGCAACAAAAAUGGUGUCUUACCCCUCCAAUUACAGAUAUCGAGACUGCAUCGAUAACUAUGACGAUGAUGACGAAGAAGAAGAGUUUUACGACGAGAGUGAUUUGGAUUCCGAUGAGGACUACGAGGAGGAGGAGGAAGAGGAAGUAGUGGGUGGUCAACUAGGUGAUAUUGAAGAGGUGAGAAGAAGAACAAGAGCAAUUCAAGACGAACAAGUCCCGCAGCAUUUAUUCAGCUCUUUGCAAGCGAGUUCAAAUUCAGGGAAAUGGCAAGAGAAGAACGACCAGAAUGCCCGGGAGAGGAGUCAGUACAUACAUUCAGUGCUGAACCCAGUUGAGAAUCUGGCUCAGUGGAAAGAAAUCAAAGCUAGAGGGAAGCAGCAGCAGAAAAAGGAGAACACAGAACCGAUGCUUCUUCCAGUUGAGAAGGUCGUUGUGGCUUCCAGCUUGUCAAACUGGUUAGCCUCUCCCCCAGUAAAUUGCCAGCCGAAAACCGGGGUUGACAAAAGCUGUGCUCGGUCAUGGAGAAGCAGAGAGGAAUCAUUAGGCAUGACCGAUAUCACCAACUUAAGUAACUGAACUGGAGAAACAUUAGGCAUGAUGGAUUCGACAUGAAGCUUAGUGUGAAUUAAGAGGCCUUUGGUCAAUGCAGUUGUUGUUUUGAUAUGAUGAUGUUGCCAGAUUCUUUGAUUCAUUUGGCUGUUGUGAACUGUGAUUGUUUGUCUUGUAGAAUCAUUCUUUUGUAAGUUAUGGGAGGUCUGUCUUGUGCUGUUUUUCACUUCUGUUUGUGUGUCUGGUCACUGGUGCUCCUUCAUUUGUUCUCAGAACCAUCAUUCUGGACUGAAUUAUUGUUUGUUUGUGGAGAAUCUAAUUCAAAGUAAAGUAGGGUUAUUAUGGAUGGCAACAGUAUACCAAUAUUCUCAUUCUGUCAUGAUAAGAUAUGAAAUUUUACAUUAUCAUUCUGCAAACAAGAUUCUGGCACAUGUGGUUCCAGAAGGAAUCCCAUACUACUUGGAGGUAACUCGUAGGAAAGGAACUCUAUUAAAGAGACAAGAGGAACACUUGGGAAGUAAUUGUUGAAUGAUCUAUAGAUGCUGGUACAGAAUAUGCACAAACACUGGCAAAUAUGAAAGCAAUUUUCACUUUCAGUUUCUAUAGCUACCCUCCUAAAUGACAGAUCAGAGUUGUUGUAUGACUUUCUGCUUUGAAUCCCUCAUGUAAUAAGAUCCAAGCAAAUGACACUGCCUGAAAAAAAUUCUUGAGUACUUCCAUCACGGUACUGGUAUUCCGCUCUGUUAUUAUUGUCAGGAUGAGCACCAUCAACUGCUUGAAUCAUGGUAGACUUGUACGGCAAGAAUUUGGACCUUUGAUUCCACCAAAGAAGUGUCAAAAUUGUGGCUGCACAGGAGAGUGUGGUUUGGGGAUCUUCUCUAGUAGUCGACAGUCAUCUACAGAUUGCUGAGUACUGCUGUAAUUGGUGAUGAUGAUGGAAAUAUCUACAUUAUGGUACAAAUGCAAGCAUCUGAAUCCUCGUCAUCUGAGUCAGCAUCGCUGGAGUCAUAAACAUACGAACAAGAGGGUAGACUUAGGAGCAUGAUAGUGAAUUACCGUCAAAACCUGAUAAUGGCAAUUCAAACUAAAAGACGCUGGAGGUUCACUGAAGAACGCAAGAGUCUAAAAUUAACAGAGAAGAUGAGUUUGGCUCCGAGGCCUCAAUGAGCUCUUACUAGUAAGUAGUACCAUAAACCCUAACAAACUCAGAUUCAAAUCAUCUGAUCACUUAUUUCAAGUUUAUACUUUAUACAGUACUGCAACAAAAGGAAACAUUCAUUAGAGGGAGUGAAGAGUAACUUGACCACGGUACACGACUGAAUGCCAGCCACAUCAAACUAUGCCUGCAACACUUAUUUAGAAGCACAAACUCAAUGGACAUCACUCUGGUACUGACAAGACUACAACAGUGAACAUUGUUCCAGAAUGCAGCCCUCAAAUGGUAGGAAAGCAAAAACCCGAAUCAGCCAAACUGAAAUCGGCAAAUAAGGUUUCUACUUUCUACACUCCACCGGUUUCAGUUUGAGACCAUCUCGAGCUAACAAGCUCAAAAGGAGCCGAAUCCCUAGCCACCUAAUAUAGGUUCCAUUCAUGUAACAGCAACAACAGAUAUAGGCUAGGCUAGGCAGUGACAUAGAAAGGGCUAAAGUUCAAGAGGAACAGCCUAGUAGAGAGAAAAACCAGAAAAGGAUCAACUACUAAAAGCCCUCAAGAGCAACUUCAAAUCAAUGAUACCCAGUAAGUUUCAUAUCUAAGCUACUAAGACAAAGCCUUUCAACUUCAG